UUGCAUCGUCGCAUGUCAUGUCCUGUGCGUAGCAGACAUAUGAAUCUCUCCCAUAAAAAAAGGAAGAUGGGAAAAUCAUUAUUUUAGGAAAUUCGCCUUCUUCUUUCCCAUUCAUACACUGAAUCUUGUUUAUUAUACAGCAUAUGAAAGCUGUAGCCAUCUUUAUAUGUCAAAAGCCUUCUUAACAGGGCAAUGGACGUGGACAUAUGGUUAGCUUAUAAACUUGCCGAUCUCCCUGUCAUUUCUUCCAACUCACUUUCAAAACUUUGGGUUCUUUUCCUUUUACUUAUUACUUCCUUUUUCCUCUUCCCCCGCUGUGGAACAGAACCCGUCAAUCAAAAUUAUAAGCCGGUUAGGAACAUAUUUGCUAUCAUUGAUGUCAAUUCAAGAAUCGGGAAAGAAGAGAAAACUGCCAUGGAAAUAGCUGUUCUAAACUUCAACAAUGGCUCAAAAGAUCACAAUAUAUCUCUUUACUUCGAGGACCACCCAAAAAAUCCCCUCCACGCUGCUCAAGCUGCUCAAAAUUUUAUUAAAGAGAAGGGAGUCGAAGCAAUGUUGGGUAUGGAGAGAUGGGAGGAGGCAGCAUUAGUUGCUGACAUUGGAAACCAAGCUCAAGUUCCAGUUCUUUCAUUUGCUGCACCAGCCUUAACCCCACCAUUAACAUCUACACGUUGGCCUUUCUUGGCACGAAUGGUUUAUAGUAAUUCUGAACAAAUGAGAUGCAUUGCAGAACUUACUCGUGUUUAUAGUUGGAGAAGGGUUGUAGCAGUUUAUGAAGAUAAUACUCAUGGUGGUGAUUCUGGGGGUUUGGCACUUUUAUCUCAGGCUCUACAGGAGGUUGGUUCAAAGAUCGAGCACCGCUUAGUUCUUCCACCAUUUGCUUUAAUAUCAGAUCCGAAAGAAGCUGUUAGAGAGGAACUAAUAAAGCUCCAAGAAAUCAAAUCGCGGGUUUUUAUUGUUCUUCAGACAUCAUUGCCUUGGGUGACCCAUUUGUUUAGAGAAGCUAAGAACAUGGGGCUGGUGGGGGAGGACACAAUAUGGAUCCUCACCGAUACUGUUACUAGUUUCCUGGACUCGUUUAACACCUCUGUUAUUUACUCUAUGGAAGGAGCUCUAGGAAUUAAGAGUGACUAUUCCGAUAGUAGCAAUGCCUACAAAAGUUUCCAUGCUCAGUUUCGGCAAAUUUUCAUGUCUGAGUACCCAGAAGAAGAUAACUUGGAGCCAGGAUUUCACGCUCUGAAAGCAUAUGACAGCAUUUCAGCUAUCAUAAAAGCAAUGGAGAGAAUGUCUAGGAACAGUAGUAGUAGUCCAAAGGAGUUGUUGAAUAAUAUAUUAUCAAGCAAUUUCACUGGUUUAAGUGGUCAGAUAAGUUUCUCAGCUGGGGAGUUGAUGCAUAGUCCUAAACUGAGGGUAGUGAACGUGGUUGGAAAGAAAUACAAGGAGAUAGACUUCUGGUUUCCUGGGUCUGGAUUCUUGAAAAGCACAGAAGAUGAAAAUGGAGGUGGUGCUGUGAAACUAGAAGGUCCAGUGAAUUGGCCUGGGGACCUAAAGCGGAUUCCGAAAGGCUGGGCUAUGCCUUCAAAUGCAAAGCCGAUGGUUAUUGGUGUUCCGGGGAGAACUUCGUUCCAAAAAUUUGUAAGAGUAGUGAAUGCAAGUGAUGAUGUUAACGGAUAUGAUGGUUUUUGCAUUGAACUUUUCCAAGAGGUGUUAAAGGUUUUGGAUUAUUAUCUACCUUACAGAUUUGUAGCCUUCAAUGGGACAUAUGACGAACUGGUGGAUCACGUAUAUAACAAGACCUAUGAUGCUAUCGUGGGCGACAUAACCAUACUAGCUGACAGAUUCGAAAAAGUGGAAUUCACCCAGCCGUAUGCAGAAUCAGGUUUGUCGAUGAUAGUUCCAGUCAAGUCUGAAAAAUCGACUUGGAUAUUUCUGAAACCUUUCAACUGGCAAAUGUGGGCAAUUACUGGCGCCACCUUGAUUUACACAAUGAUCAUAGUUUGGAUCCUGGAGCGACAACCUAAUUCUGAAUUUAGAGGCCCAUUGGUUGAUCAGAUUGGCACUACAGUAUGGUUCACUUUCUCAUCCCUUUUCUUUGUUCACAGGGAGAGAAUUAGCAGUAAUUUCACUCGGGUGGUGGUGGUAGUGUGGCUAUUUGUUGUGUUCAUCUUAACUUCAUGCUACACUGCUAGUCUGACUUCAAUGCUUACCAUCCAACGGAUGCAGCCAGAUGGUACAAAUAUUGAUCGGUUAAUAAGAAACAAUUUAACAGUCGGCUGUGAUGGAGAUUCAUUUGUAAGGGAUUACCUACAGAAUGUGUUAAAGUUCAAUGCGGAAAAAAUCAAGAAAGUUAGCAGCGAAUACGAUUACUCCAAGGAAUUUCAAGAUAAACAAAUAUAUGCUGCAUUUCUUGAGCUCCCAUAUCAAAAAGUCUUCCUCAGCCAUUACUGCAAGCAAUAUGCUUCAAACACACCCACCUAUAGAUUUGGAGGAUUAGGCUUCGCAUUUCAGAAAGGCUCUCCAAUGGUAGCUGAUUUUUCCAAAGCUAUAUUGAAGCUAUCGGAGAAUGAAAAGUUAGUAGAAUUGGAAAAUAAGUGGUUCCCUCACUCUCCGGAGUGUUCCAACGGUGCGACUGACAAUGAAACUGAUAGCUUGAGCCACAAAAACUUCUGGGGUCUCUUCGUUAUAUCAGGUGCAACUUCUAUCGUUUGUUUCUUAAUACUUGUAAUUAAGGCGUAUUGGCUAAAUGAAGACCAAGCCAAUGGAAGUCCUAACAAAAGCAGGAUUGUUAGCAUUGCAAGGUAUAUCUAUUAUGGAAGGACUGUUUCUCCGAGUGUUCCUGCAGUCUCCUCUUCCUCCUGAGAUCGAAGCUGUGAACAUUCCGAAUGCUUCUCCAAGAGAAUCUUCAGGCCUUCUGAUUAAUAGCCGCUGAGAUCAUUAAUAUUCUAUGAAUAAUGAUACGUGCAGGAUAUGUCUUGAUCCAAGAAAAUGAGUAGACAGUGGCUUGAACGAUUCUUCUUCUUCUUAAUAAUAAUUUUUUUCCA